AUGGCGAAGUCUGCCAGAAACCUCAAGAAGCGCGCACUCGUUUUGAUUGCUAAUGGUUCGGAGGAAAUGGAGCUGGUUAUUACUGUUGAUGUUCUGCGCCGCUGUAAGAUCGGUGUAAUUGUGGCAUUGGUUCCGGGACCUGAAUCCGCCAAGGAUGACCUGAUUGCCCAUUGUUCCCGUGGCGUAAACGUAAAAGCCGACACGACACUGCAAGCGUACGUGCAGCAAUAUGCCGCCACCGAGGACGGACUGCCAGAUGCGAUUAUUUUGCCUGGUGGGCUUUAUGGAGCUAAAGCGAUGGCAGAAGCGCCAGACGUUGGUACACUGCUGGAGCGGCAACAGAAAGCGGGAAAGCUGGUGGCUGCUAUUUGUGCUGCACCAACGGUACUGCUUGCGCACGGUAAAUUGUUUGCUGGACGACGGCUAACGUCCUAUCCCGCGUUCCGGGAGCAAAUGGCGGAAGCUGGCUACGUGUGGGAAGAUCCGGCGGCCGCCGGUUCACCCCUGGGACGUGUCGUGCGGGAUGAUAAUCUCAUCACCAGCCUCGGACCGGCGACGACGUUCGACUUUGGAUUGGCUAUCGGGGCUGCACUUGCAGGACAGGAGGUGGCCGAUCAGGUGGCGGCCGAUUUGCUCUACAAGUGA